CUUGCAGGCCGCUUAUCUAGCUUCUCGUCCCAACCUCACCAUCCUCUCUCUCCUGCUCAUCCUUGACGGCGGCUCACAAUGACCUCCUUCGACCCUGGAGGUCACGCCGGCCUCCUCGAUCUCCCCACGGAGCUCCUCUCCUAUAUCAUCCGCCUCGUCUACCUCGAUUCAAUGCCGCGCAGCUGGCAUCGCAAUUUGGACCUGCACGGUCUCCCUUCAACCUACGCAGAUGGGCGUGCCAUCUCCUCGAGCCACUCGCGAGUGCAGGCUACACUGUGGAGCUUGUGUCUCGUAUGUCACGCCACGUACAAUGAGGCAAGGCCGCUAUUGUACAGAAGGAUCAAUGUGAGCUUGCCGCACUCAUUCACCCUCUUGCUGAGGACGCUGGGAGCUGCCGCCCUUGCAACGGCAUACGAGCGCUUCCAGCAGACGGGAAAGCUGCCAGACGACGCGCAGAGCAUGGUUGCUGCGGCUGGAUUUGCGAGGGUAUUGGGUACCAGCUUGGUCAUGACAGAGGACGAGGUGCGUGGAGGGAGAAGCCGCGAGGCAUCUUCCUCCUCUACGCCUGCGCCUACGCCUGCUACCACGGGAGAGGGAGCAGCGCUGGACGACGACCACCUCCAACUCACAUGGCAGAGCGAUUCGUCCCGCUUCACCGUCUCGCUACGUCAGCUCUCCGAGCUGCAAGACUGCGUAAGAGUCAUCGACUUUAGCGCAUUCACGACCCAGGGGAUGCGCAGGACCAUCGGGCAGGGAAUGGAGGCAAGAUUCGUUACCCCUCCGCGACUGUUGGCUUUGCUUACCGCCGCGCCCAAUCUUGCGGCCUUUGGAGCGAGUCAGACGAUGGACUCGAGUUUGAGCGUCGAGGUGCUGGAAGCUCUGCUCUUCAGAGGAGGAAAAGCGCCACAUCGUCCAGCGAGGUUGCGUGGAGUAUCGGUGGAGAGGAACAACAAGAAGAAGAGGAGGCGGACCACCCACAAGAUCAGAGACGACGAUGGAGAGGGCGAGGCGGUUGUCUCCCUCUCAGCGUUGGAUCUCACAGACUGCGUCUCUCCCGUCUUUGAGGGUGCCGUUACGGAGUUCAUUGCGCGACAUUUGAACGCCCGCGUGACGCAUACUUUGCACGAAGAGUCGAGCACCGAUACCGAGACGACGGCAGAUGAGGGAGCGAGCACAACGGGGGACGAGGAGAGCGAUGUGCCGCGCAGCAGCAGAGGUAGCGGGAGCAGAAGCAGCGCCUUGAUCGACGCUGAUCGCUCGCGCGGACGAAGCGUACGCUCCCUCUCCCGCGCCCCACCAGCACCACGCUCUACAUCCUUCCCAGACUUUGAACGUCUCAGCCUGAAUGGCAUCAUCUGGCGUCCCGCUCUCCUCUCUCCCUUCCUCCGGGCAUUCACUGGUCUCACUCACCUAGACGUCAGCCGCACACGGAUCGACGCCGACCUCCUCGGCCAUCUGUCCGCCUCUCCCUCUUUACACCUCGAGUCCCUUUCGCUGGCAGGAUGUCGCAACCUCACCUCAGAAGGGAUCGCGGAGCUCCUCAUCGACUCGCCCGUCACGGCAGACCUAGCAGAGCUCUCAUUGGAGGGCAGCCUCGUCUUUCCCACGCCUCUGGAGCGACAUCACCUCGCCGCCAUCCUGAGCGAAGCGCCUUGUUUCCGUUCAGGCCGGUUCAGGUACCUGGAUAUAGGCGGAUGCGGGUGCGAUGAUGAGCUCCUACUCUCCUUGGCACCGCAGCCUUUCCUCCUUGACCUCGGCUUGGGUGCCUCACCCGGCCUCACACUGAGUGUUGUAUCGCGCUUUCUGCGGGAACGAGCGCCCAAUGUGCAAGUUCUCGAACUCUCGGACAGCUGCUACCACCCGGGCUCCACCUCCGGCGUCCUCGCGCUGGAUGUGGCUACCCAACUGAUCGGUCCCUGCUGCACCACGCCGCCCUUACCGCUCUCCCUGCAACUGGCGCAAAUGGGCUUCGCAGGUGCGGAUCAAGCAGCAAAAGCCGCAGCGGAGGCUACUGCUGCUCAGCUGCGCGAGCCGACCAACUUGCGCGUCGUGGGGCUGAACGGGCCCAGCCUACGCAACGUACGCGCAGGCUUUGGAAGCUGGAAGGUCAUUUGGGGGAGUGGGAAACGCGGCUGGCUUGUGGACACGAGUGCGGGGCCCAGUCCCGAUGCCAAGGAUAGCGAUCUCGAUCCGAGCGAGGGCGGCGAGGGUGAGGCCGAGGAGCAAACCGGCAGUCCACCAGCGAGAGCUGCGGGGUUGAAGGCACCUGCACCUCCUGCGAGGAGGUCAAGGUCUAGGCGAAGAAUGGGCUACGAGCCGGAGACACCGCCCCUCGGUCGCUCCCCUUCACGGCAUCGUAGUCUCAAUUUGGGGCACAACAGAUCUCGCUCGCAAGGACCAGCAGGAUCCCCCCACUCUACGCUUCUUCGCGGAGCAAGCUUUUCUUCCUCUCUCCGUCCUCCCUCUCCCACCCCACCCGAGUCUAAACCACCACCGGCACCGCCCCCAGUCCCCGUUCGCCCGGAAAUCGUGCGCAACCUCCCCUCUGGCCAUCCGCGGCGCUCCUUCCUUGAGAACCUGGCGGCGAAGAGUAGCACAGGAGGGGGUGGUGUGUCGAGCGAGGUGGGAUGGCAUGCGAGGAAGAUGGAGACAUUGCUUGGCUUUGGGAUGUUAGGACGGGAGAGGGGUUGUUAUGCUUUUGUUGCGUAUUGUUGA